AUGGACACCUACUCUCACAAUACUCUCGUCGAUAAUAUGUGCAGACACGGGGAGUUCUUCAGAAGUGACUUCAAAACUCCGUCAAAACACCGCCGUGACUCAACUCACGUCAUCCAUCUCUCUUCCGACAACGAUGCGUCGCCGAUGAGAGCAAUGUCCAAAAAAGUGUCGCAAAGCACCAAAAAACUUCUUACUAAGGUGACGAACGUCGCGCAUCGACUUCUCACCCCUUUCAAGAAGGCUAGGAGAAACGACUCCGUUGACCACGCCGCCGUUCAGUACACCCCAAACGAUAUGGAUGGUCACCAACAGAUGAGGACUGACUUCAUGGACCCUGCCGGCGCUUUGUAUUGCCCGGAUGUUAUGGAAUAUAAUCAACAGGUUGUCGACACUCAAUGCUAUGAUGAGGUUCUUGGUGGAGAAAGUACUCAAGCGAAGGACGAUGAAAUUUGUCAAAAGAUGUCGUCGCCGAUGCAAAUAUUCUCCAGAAUUGAUCCGAGUGAGGAGACCUUCGAAAAUAUUGUUGAGGAACUCUCGUCGUCUGUGCUCAUCUAUCACCCAAAUGAUUCGAAAUGGAACGAGAAGGAGGUUGUUGCCGCUCAAAGCGAUACAGAGGUUCUUGAUGUCAAAACUACUCAUGCCAAGGAUGUUCUCGGAUUAUCGAACGAUGAAACUCGCUACGAUAUGCCGAUGCAAAUAUUCUCGAGAAUUGUUCCAAGUGAGUCCGAGCACCGUGUUGAGGGACCAUCUACGCUAAUGCGUAUCUUUCAAACCGCUAAUGACAUGACACCAACAAAGUCGCCGAUGCCAACGAUCUCGAGAUUGGUUUUGAAUAAGAAGACCCCCGCGAAGUGCGAUGAGGGACCCUCGUCGUCGAUGCUCAUCUCUGGAACUGCGUAUGCUUCACAGGACAAUACACACGUGAUAACUGUUGAGAUGACACCAACAAAGUCGGAUAACAAACAUGGAGUGUUGCAGUGGAGUAGCGCAACACUUGCUCUUCACUCUCCAGUUGUCGCGCCGAAAUAUGUUCCAGGACCAUCGAAUGUUGCUGCUAUCAACAUAAUCCCUCCAGUUCUCCACUUGAGUAGUCCUACUCCACUUCAGAAUACGCCCGAAAAGGAUGAUGGUUGCUCUCCGAUAGUUUCAGAUUCUACUCCAACUAAAGACUACAAGAGAGAUUUCAAAGUCGUUCCAGAAAAGAAGAAAGGUCGUAACCUCCUCAGCAUAUUGGAGACUCAAAAGAAUGAUUUCAAGAAGAAUGAGACUUCAUCGCCUUCCGCUUCUAAAAAGAACGCCGCUGAGGAAUCGACAGACUUGUCUCUCCUCUUGACACCCUCUGAAUCCGCACCUAUCAAGUUUCCCGGAGAGGAAUCUGAUGAUGCAUCGGUUAUGUUGGCAGAGCGAGAUGAUAAGUGCAGUGGUGGAAUUCUCUCCGCAAAACAAAGCGACCAACUGCUCUCAUUCUUAAAAAAUAUGGGAAGUAAUGUUAAGAAUGGUUUUUCUUCGAUCAAGAAAGGACGAGAAUCUGAGGAACCUGCAUCAACUUCUCAAACAAUGCCACCAGUGAAUACUUUCAAGGAGACGACGGCUAUCGAGGCGCAUGGAACUGUUCGUGCUGACCAAAAAGCUCGAAAUCCAAAACUAGGAAAACACACUCAACUUUUGAAGGUCAAGAAGGUAGAACCCCGAAAACCGCGUGCUUCGAAACCCAAUUCAGUGGAGGAGAGAGAUCCACUCUCAUACCUGCAAAGAUCGCGUCUGGUCUCGGAACAUGAAUCGCUGAAGGUUAUUCUGCCACUCUUGCCGAAACCAGAAGAUUGUGUGGAAUUUGAUAUUUAUGAGGAGAUGCCGCCGAGACGUCCACUUCCAAUUUCCCCACUGGCGGUCAAGUCGUAUCCAGUCUCCGUUUUGCCACCAUGGGUCGAAAAGACCGCGAAAAGAAACCUGCAGAAGGUCCUUUUAGCUGAGGGUCCGGCUGGUACUUCAUCUACUCCAUCCACGUAUUCAGCCGAUCGUGAUUCUCACAAUGCCAGUGACAAAGAACCGGAGGUGUUGACCGAAGCCUACACGGAUGUUGAUGCUACCAACAAGAAAUAA